GAAGGUAAAGGCCGCUCUGGUUGGAAGUUGAAUCGAUCAAGAAAGAGAGUCCAAAACCAAAUUAACGCCAUGGCUAAACUCACAAUUGCUGCUGUGAUUUUGGUUCUGGCCGCCACGAUGAGCCUAACGGAGGCGCAGAACACAUCGACGUCAUGCGCCUCAGAGCUGCAGACUUCCUGUGCCAGUGACCUAAACUCCAGUUACCUAAACUCCAGUUACCUAAACUCCAGCACCAUACCGAGUGGCCACUGCUGCACUGCCUUCACCACUGCCGCGGUUAACGAGCUCACCUGUCUCUGCAACCUCUACAACAAUCCUGAUGUGCUUAAGCCCUUCAACAUCUCCCUCCCCGUCGCUGUCCAGCUAGCCCUCAACUGCCGCUACGUCUGUACUUUUCUCGUCAACUGCACCAACGCUCUGUCUCCAACUGAGUGUGUGUACCCACCUCCGUCUCCGGGGCAAGCUGGAAGCGAUAGAAUUGCUGACAGGAUAGUGUGGACUGGAGUUACUAGCUUGCUAUUGUUUUUGGCCCUUGCAGUGCUAUAUUAAGAUGAUAUAUAAUAUAAUGCCAGAGAUGAUUCUUACACGGCAUUUAGUUGUACUUGGAGACUUUGUUGUUUCAUUGCUUGUUUUUCCAUGUCGUUGAUACUAUACUGUAGUCGAUCAUCCGCUAUUGUAUCGAUCAGAAUAUUUGUUAAAAUAACAUUAUCAUUGUAAU